CAAGAAGUAAAGCGUAAAAAUUACUUUUAAUAUGGCGAAUAUGGAAAAUAAUGGAGACUACCUUAUAUGUCCUUACGACAAGAGUCAUACUAUUUUGCGCAGGCGCAUGACCGUACACAUGGUCCGUUGCUCCCGAAAUAAUACCAACUCCAAGAAGGUCCGUUGUCCCUUUAACGUGACGCAUCUGAUUUAUCCUAACGAAAUGAAGAAUCAUGCCGCGAACUGUCCAAACCGUUCAGGGUUUGAGCGUUUUAUAAAACCGGACAAAAAGCCGGACGUUGAGUCAAGUCACUGCUCCGAGAAGGCUCACUGCCCUUGCACUGUAAUGAACCAGGGCGCUAAAAAUAAAACGGAGGCUCAUGUCAAAGAUUGUCCACAUCGCUCGUCCUAUGUUCCGCAUGUCUCCACUAAUCAAACAAAAAAAUGGGAGAUCGAGUCCACUGAGAAUUGGGACGACGAGCCGGAGGUAGGAACCUACGAUGCCAAAGCCAAUAUGGCCAAAAAAUUCGUAAUCAUAAACCCGCAGGGCAAUACCCCUUCAGCCAAACGCGCUUUUCGUGAGCAAGAACGUAAACGUUUCCAGGAAAACGGACGUUUCUAGAAGCCAUUGCAAGCGUUUGCCAUUCCA